UUUAAACUUAUAUUUGUGUCUCGCGAUUGUCGUAAAAGAUGGCUCAAUGCAAUUCCUCGUAGUGAUUUAGUGGUUACAAAAUACACCCGAGUAUGUAAUUUGCACUCUGCUGAGAACAGCAUCAUUUGGGAAUCCACCUUCCAUGACGAAAAGACAGGACAUAUCAAACAGAAGAAGCCGAGAUGAGAAAUUGAGGGACAAGGAACAAGACCAACUACUUAAAGCACUGCAAACUUGCAUUGAUGAUUAUUCCUCCUAACAAAAAUCUUGUUUUCAAAAUUAUUCAGACAUUCUCACAGUUUUUAGUUCAUGGCAAUGUCCAUAUGGGUGGCAUACAAUUGUUCAGGAUAAAGUUACUUUGUUUAAGUUAUAAUAUAAACCAGCACCCAUCAUAACUAACUCUGUAAUUGUUGAUAAAGAUCUC